AUGGUUGUAUGGGCACAUUUUAAGGUCAAACAUAUGAAUAAACUUAAUUUUUUUUCAAACAAACAGGAAUGGAAUUCCAUGUGCGACUAUGUAUUUAUGUAAUUGGGAUUUUCAGCUUUUAAAUUUGAUUUAUUAAACUCAUAAAAAAAAUUAAAUAUCAAGAUGUUGAUUAUAAUGAAGUAAAUUGAGUAAUCUCUUAUCCGAAUUAAGUUAUAUUUAAUUUAGAAAAUUUUAAGGAGCCUCUUUGAUUUGAUAUUGUUCAGACUUCACAUUAUUUUUAUCCAUUCUAAAGUUAAGAAGCAUGAAAUCAUAAUUACUAAAGAUAAAAUUGCUAAUUUAAUAAUACAAAGACAUUUAGAAGUUUAAAAAAGAAUAAACUUAGAGAAUUGA